UAUAAGCUGGCUGUGGCGACGCUAGACCACAGCUCUGCCUGACUGAUCAGUCUCACCCACACACACGCAUACACACACACACACGCUCAUAGAGGCAGGUGUGUAUGACCAGCAGCGCCGACAAAUUCCGCAAGAUUUGGAUUGAUUUUUAUUUUGAAUACAUUUUUAUACACAAACAUCGCCAUUAUGUUGUGGACAGCGAGUCAAGUAUUACGGAGAUUCUCCACCUCUAACAAUUAUUACCAAAAUAAGCUAAAACUAGCUAUAAUUGGCCAGAGCCUGUUUGGCCAGGAAGUGUACAGCAACCUGAGGAAACAGGGUCACAGAGUGGUGGGUGUGUUCACUGUCCCUGACAAAGAUGGCAAGGCUGACCCCCUAGCGGUGGCAGCGGAGAAAGACGGGACGCCGGUGUUCAAGUUCCCACGGUGGCGGGUCAAGGGGAAACCCAUCGCAGAGGUGGUGGAGGCCUACAAGGCAGUGGGCGCCGAGCUCAAUGUCAUGCCCUUUUGCUCCCAGUUUAUCCCCAUGAACAUCAUCGACCACCCUAAGCACGGCUCCAUCAUCUACCACCCUUCCAUCCUGCCCCUGCACAGAGGAGCCUCAGCCAUCAACUGGACCCUGAUCCAUGGUGAUAAGAAAGCUGGCUUCACAGUGUUCUGGGCUGAUGAUGGACUGGACACUGGACCAAUCCUGCUGCAGAGGGAGUGUGUUGUCGAACCCAAUGACACAGUGGACACACUCUACAACCGUUUCCUCUUCCCAGAGGGCAUCAAGGCCAUGGUGGAGUCAGUGCAGCUCAUCGCUGAUGGAAAGGCCCCUCGAGUUCCCCAGACAGAGGAAGGGGCCAGCUAUGAAGGCAUUCAGAAGAAAUCCAACGCCAAGGUCAACCUGGCUCAACCAGCUGAGGCCAUCCACAACUGGAUCCGCGGCCAUGACAAAGUCCCUGGUGCCUGGACUGUCAUUGAGGAUCAGUUUGUGACCCUGUAUGGCUCGUCCAUGUUCGGGGGACCGGUACCAGCUGGUCAGCCCCUGGAGAUUGACGGGGCGUCCCAGCCCGGUGUGGUCACCAAGAAUGGGCUCGUCCUGUACGGAACUGAUGGGAAAGCUCUUUUGGUGAAGAGCCUGCAAUUUGAAGAUGGGAAGAUGAUCCCUGCUUCUAAAUACUUUUCCUCUGGAGAAAGCACCAGUGUGGAGCUGACUGAUGGUGAAAAGAAAAUGGCAGAGGAGAUCAGGAACAUCUGGAAGGGCAUCCUCAGCAAUGUUGCAGCCAUUGAGGACACCACAGACUUCUUCAAGUCCGGAGCUGCCUCCAUGGAUGUGGUCAGGCUGGUGGAGGAGGUGAAGCAGAAAUGUGCCAGUGUGAAGCUGCAGAACGAGGAUGUGUAUAUGGCCACCACCUUCCAGGACUUCAUCCAGAUGUUUGUCCGGAAGCUAAGAGGAGAGGACCAGGACGAGGAGCUGGUCAUUGACUAUGCAACCAAAGAAGUGAACAACAUGACAGUUAAAAUGCCAUACCAGUGCUUUAUCAACGGGAAGUUCGAGGAUGCAGAAAAUGGCAAGACCUACGAUACCAUCAAUCCUACUGAUGGCUCCGUGAUCUGUAAAGUGUCCUAUGCCUCAGUGGGGGAUGUGGACCGGGCUGUGGCAGCUGCCAAAGAAGCUUAUGAUAUAGGCCCCUGGGGCAGGAUGAACCCUAGAGACAGAGGAAAUCUGCUUUACAAGCUUGCAGACCUGAUGGAGGAACACCAGGAGGAGCUGGCCACCAUCGAGUCCAUCGACUCAGGGGCUGUGUACACGCUGGCCCUCAAGACCCAUGUAGGCAUGUCCAUCCAAACUUUCCGCUACUUCGCCGGCUGGUGUGACAAGAUCCAGGGCAAGACAAUUCCCAUCAACCAGGCUAGGCCCAACCGGAAUCUGACCUUCACUAAGAGAGAACCUCUGGGUGUGUGUGCCAUUGUUAUCCCAUGGAACUACCCUCUCAUGAUGUUAGCAUGGAAGAGUGCUGCCUGCCUCGCAGCUGGAAACACACUUGUACUUAAACCCGCACAGGUCACUCCACUGACAGCGCUGAAGUUUGCUGAGCUGUCAGUGAAAGCUGGCAUUCCAAAAGGAGUCAUCAACAUUUUGCCAGGCUCAGGUGGCAUGGUGGGACAGCGUUUGUCCGACCACCCAGACAUCCGCAAGUUGGGCUUCACUGGCUCCACACCUAUUGGCAAACAGAUCAUGAAGAGCUGUGCGGUCAGUAACCUGAAGAAGGUUUCUCUGGAGCUGGGAGGGAAGUCACCACUCAUCAUCUUCAGCGACUGUGACAUGGACAAGGCUGUUCGCAUGGGCAUGAGCUCUGUGUAUUUCAACAAAGGUGAGAAUUGCAUCGCUGCUGGACGUCUGUUUUUGGAGGAGUCGAUACAUGAUGAGUUCAUCGCCCGAGUGGUGGAGGAGAUCAAGAAGAUGAAGAUCGGAGACCCUCUGGAUCGCUCCACAGACCACGGCCCACAGAAUCACAAAGCCCACCUGGACAAGCUGCUGGAGUACUGCGAAAUUGGAGUGAAGGAGGGGGCCACACUGGUAUAUGGAGGCAGACAGGUGGACAGGCCAGGUUAUUUCAUGGAGCCCACAGUACUCGCUAAUGUGGAGGACCACAUGUUCAUUGCCAAAGAGGAGUCCUUUGGCCCCGUUAUGGUGGUGUCCAAAUUCAAAGAUGGCGAUGUGGAUGGCGUACUGCAGAGAGCCAACGACACAGAGUAUGGCCUGGCCUCUGGCGUGUUCACCCGCGACAUCAACAAGGCCAUGUACGUGAGCGAGCGGCUGGAGGCUGGAACAGUAUUUGUCAACACCUACAACAAGACUGAUGUGGCUGCACCUUUUGGAGGAUUCAAGCAAUCUGGCUUUGGCAAAGACCUUGGGGAGGAUGCUCUCAUGGAAUACCUCAAGACUAAAGCAGUGACUGUGGAGUACUGAGACCCAGACGCUCCCAACAAACUUACUCACAUCUGAAUACGAAGGGAAUCAGUUGUCUGCUUCACUCAGACAUCCACUUUCAUUCAGCAUUGCUUCUGGACAGUGUGUUUGUGAAUGAGAAUGUACUGUACAAAUGAUUUGAGAGUGGUUGUAUCUAGUUUCGACAAUGUGCCUGUCUUUUCUUGGCUGACUGCAUGAAAUUCACAUCAUGGACAAGGGACAUGUGGUUUUUAACCGCCUGGAUAUAUACACAUAAAACCCUGAGCUGAACACUACUUUACCUGAUGGGAGCUGAGCUGAUUCUGACUGUUUUUUAAAGGUUUCAGUUCCAUAAAAGUAUGUUUUACGUUAAAACACUCUUUACAAAAUUUGAAAAUCAGAUGAAGUAAUUCCUUUCUUAGUCACCUGUGAUGCUGCUUUCACCAUUCCUUUAACGUCUCUUUUUUUUUACUCUUUGGGAUGUUGUGUACCAUAGGCAGAAAGAAGACAAAGUUAUUAAUUCUUGGAUAGACUGAUCUGUACAUGAAUGUCAUUAUUUUGAAGGUUGUAUAUGGAUGCUUUUUGGGUUAAGUUUUGGAGUAUCAAGUGCUCACACGGGAAUUAAGUGAGGAGCUACAUCUCCAAAUAAACAAAAAAGUAACUCAGUAGUGGAGCUACUACACUACUACUGCUACAUUGGGCAAGAUUUAUCAGGAUUCAGGUUACAGCUGAAUCCAUAAUCCACAUAAAAACUGUUGACUGUUAACAAAAUAAUCUGAGCUCAAAUUCCAAUUACUAUCUUUUUCAAAGCUUUCAAAAGUAUUACUGGUUCAUUGUUAGAUGUGGUCAAAAGUGUGUGAAAAAGCCAGUAAGUCAGCCUUGAGUUAACAGUUACUUAAAACCAGGUUGAAAAGCAGUGUUUUAAUGCCCCCUCUGGUUGAACGUUUCAGGUCUAUGCACCUGCACCUGCACAUAACAGUAAUGUCCCAGUGUACCGACACACCCUGGAGAACACUUCAGCACCACUGCAGCAAUGAUUAGAAGUUAAAAGAUUUUCAGGGCGGGUCUUUAAAAUUAUUUUGUCAAACUACUAUAUCCUAUUACAAUGAACCUUUAAACUCAUAAAACUGGUAGCAGUGACAAAAGGGAUUGUUGACAUCAUGUUAUUAUGAUAUAUUAGUUGAAGUCAUAAUGAGGACUGACUUCACAACAGCCAAACGUAAGUCGGUUUAGGUUGAUUUCCUACCUUGUAAGUAGGCUUUCCCCACAGCUUAGCAUUACCAUAUGAUAAAAGAAACUGUCAACUGCAAUGGAUUGACUGUGUCAGGCGUAUUUCAAAUUUAUAUUAUAAAUGGUUCAUGUUUAUUUCUAGUUGGAACUUCGGGUCAGAAUUUAGGGUUUUUUCGACAGGGAUCUGAAAGAGGGGAUCUGAAAGUCUUAUAUUUCAUGCCUUUCAAAAAAGGAAUGUACAGACAAAUGCAUCUGUACCUCUGUAAAACACUUUUCAGUCUUUAAUUGUCACUACAUCAAGCUAUGGUGAGCCAAUUUGUCAUUUUAUCUCCAUCACACAUUCUGGUUGUGUACAUCAUGUCCUUGCAGCUGUCUGUUCCCACGUCCUUACUUUAGACAUUUGCUUUCUUCAAUUCAUCAAAUUUGACUUUUUUGUAAAUAUUUUUUAACAAAAGAGGGAAAAGGGACAUAUAUUUUUGACAUUGUAUUUGUCAGACACAGGAAGACUACAUGUUAUAAUACUAUAUUAUAUUGGCUAAAGACCAUCUAGAUGUUUUUAUACAUCACUAAUGUGAAGAACUUUUGAAAUUAGUUUUCUAUUUGUCCCACUUUGUCAGUGAAGGCAGCAAGGGCUACAAAAGUGUUUUCUUUCUCAUACUUUGUUAAAAGGUGAGAGCUGUCCCCUCAAUAAACAUUCUGUCUUCAGCAGUAAUGCCAAACGGUGGUGAAUAAAGAUCGUUUUGAAUUUUACUGUGUAAUGCUGCUGUUAAGUGGAAAAUAUACUAAAAUACUAAAUGGUGGGAGGAAAUGAUGUUUAGCUCUUUCCAGAACUGCUGCACUUAUUGCUGCUGCAACAGUGAUGUCAAUGAGUUUGCCUUUUAAAUACCACAAACACGAGCCAAAGUGUAAGAAAUAGAUUAAACAGUAUGUGUAUCUGCUGUAAUGCCAGGCGCCAUCGUAAGAACGUCCAGCUAACUAUCCUAGUAUCCACAGUAGUAACCAAGCGAAACUCCUAAGGCAAAGGAGCCUAUUCUUAACUAAUUACAUUAGUUUGUGGGGAUACAAAUUACGUUGAAAAAAAGUCACAUUUACAAGUUUUACUGUGUGGAGGCCAGUCCUGGAGGCUAUUAGGGCUUAGGGUAAUGCUAAAUGUAGUAAGUCUAUCAAUAAAAACUGUGCUAAUGUUAGUUAACGUGAGCCACCAUAGGUAGAGGGCAUACCAAACCAAGAAAGCCUGUAGCAGCAAAACUCCAGAAUGUAAUGAAUUGAACAAGGGUGUGUUUUAUUUCUUAUUUAUUCAACUUUCUCUUUGUAAGAGGAAGAAUGUGGUAUAUCUAUUUUUCAUUGAUACAAAGUAGCACAGCACUGAAAAAUUACAUUUAAAAAACUUAACAGUAAUGCAGCUUUCCCUGUCUGGAUAUCCAAAAGCACACUUUCAAGAGUUGAACAUACUUUUU